AGGUCCGGUUUAAACCCUCGUGUAAACACAGCUUCUGCGUCUCGUCUCUGUCAGUCGGGCUCUCAAACUCUAUCACAGUCACAGUGAACACGUCAGAGAUCACCACGCAUUUACACGCGUGUGCGCGCCUGAGUGUGUCCAGUCGGAGACCCUCUGCCCUAGUUUUAAUGCCUGAUGCUGCUGCUGCGCGUGGAGGAUGAGGAGGCAAAUCCCAGAAUGUCCUCGCGGAUGGAUGCAGCUGUUGUUGUAGUUCCGUUGGAUAGAGUCGUGCGUGCGCGUGAGUAAAUCUAUCGAUAGAUAGAUAGAUAGAUAGAUAGAUAGAUAGAUUUUAUUCAUCCCAUGAGGGACAUCGGAGGACACAUUUGGAAGGAAUUUUAAGCUCCGGAGGAGAGAGAGGGGGUCCACUCAGUGCCGACCGGAGCAUGAUGGACCCCCUGCCCGACAUACGCGCGUCUCAGGCGGAGCGCAGCAGCAGAGGAGCUGCCGGUGGGGAAUCAGCGGACGAUCAGAAACGCGGCUGCGGGAGAAACGCGGCGAUGGGCGGCAGCGACAGCCUGAGCAGCUUUGCCGACAUGGAAGACUCGCUGGAGGAGAAACUCAAAGGUCUGGCGUUCAGGAAACAGAUCUCGUAUAGGAAAGCCAUCUCGCGGUCAGGCCUCCAGCAUUUGGGUCCAGCACAGAAUCCCUUCCCUGCCCUGAGCAAUGGACCAGCCAAGGAGCUCCGCAACACCGUGGACUGGAGCGAAAACGCAGUGAACGGUGAUCACCUGUGGCUGGAGACGAACUGCUCCGGCGAUCUCUGCUACCUGGGAGAAGAGACGUGCUUGGUCAAGAUUGCAUUCGGUUCUCUUUAAGAAGUCGGCUCCCCGGAGGAAGUGUGCAGCCUGUAAGAUCGUGGUCCACACGGCGUGUAUUGAGGAGU